UGAUUGACAAAAAAGACAAUAAAAAUAAAAAUAAAACAAAGGAGGAAAGGUGCGGAGGAAAGGAAAGGUAUCGCAUCGCGUGAAGGAAGUAUAUGGAAGGAAAAACGCACCAGAGAUCACGACACGACGACAUAUAUUGACGUAUAUAUAUAUAUACAUACACGGUCGUAUAUGUAUAUGCACACAUUACAGUAGUGGUAGAUUUCGGAGUAUGAAUGAAUCGCGUAUAUAAGAGGCGAGAGUGAGAGGGGUUGUGUUGCGUGCCUGCUACUUUGAUUUGGAGGAGUGGGAACCCUAGACUGCUCUCAUUUGGUUCGUGUUGACAGAUUUUUGGUGGAAUCUCCAGUCUUCUUUUUGUUUCAGUUUGGAGUUGAAUCACUUUGAGAGAUCUGUUUCUUGACGAUCGUUUGCCAUCAGUCCUCGAUUGAUUUAACAGUUUUCUCCCGGUGCUAGACCGCUUCAACUGCUGGAAUAAGCAGAAAACUGGCAGCAACAGUAUCCUGUGAGGCGUGUGGUGGGAAGCCAGUGCUUGUUAGGCUGGCUUGCAACUUUCAAAUCUUGUCGACCCUGAUUUGACUUCGAGCUUUGUAAAAGUUAACAGGAGUAAUUGAGGCAGGCUAGGAAACCAGUUUCCGUGAGCUGGGGGUGAGGUGAAGCUGCUUAAGAAAGGUUAAGAUAGUGUGAACAUGUCAGUUCCUGAUUCUGAGAAGCUAGGAGUAAGUGUUCUUGGAUGCCAAGUCAAUGAGAAGGUAGAGUACGUGCCAAUUAAGAAAAGGAGACAUAUGCUACAAUCAGUAUCUCCGCCACCUAGAGCCCCUACACUACAUCCUGGAGAGAGUAAAAUCCUAUCUAAGAAUGAAUCUUUGGGUAUUAAUAACUCUCCUUCCAUGGUAGAUAUGGGUGAAAUUCUUGAUAUUAAAAGUAGUACUGAUGAUAAGAACUUUGUGAGGAUAGAUAGAAUACCAGAUGGAAUCAAAGACUUAUCAGGAAUUUCAAUGCUUGUCGCUGCUGCCCAUGGCAAGAGUUCUGAAGGUGAUGAUGAACGCAUUGUGGAGGGUUAUCCUUUUGGUGUUUCUAUGAAAAAAGAAUCAUGUUCUUUGUCAAAAGGAGUCUUCCAAGAAGAUGUUCAAGAUUCUUCUGAAAUUCCAACAAAUGUAGCUGGAUCAUGUAUCUCUGCAGUGCCUGUAGAGGAUCUCACGGCUGCUUUUAGGAGAGAGAAGUCUCUUAUGGAUGCUCUUCUCCAUGCGAACAAUUUGGAAGGUAGUUCUGCGCAGGAUCAUUCUGGUUCAGGAUUGAAGGACAACUUGACCAAUAAGGAUGAAAGACCAGAUAGGAUGCAGAAACAUUCUUCAGGAGAUGAACGGUUACAUUGGGAUUUAAAUACUGAUAUGGAUGCAUGGGAAUUUCCGUUUGAUUAUCAAUCUGUAGAUUGUCAGACUGACGUUGCAGAUGAGAUAUCUGGUGAUGUCAAGGGUGGUACUGCUAGUGAUGAGAAGGUGAAUUCUGAAAUUAGUGAAAUGCAAGUGGAACCUGGGGCUGCUAAGCAUGAGACCAAUGAUGAAAUGCAUCGGUCAAACCUAGAGGAACUUGAGCCAGGUGCAUGCACUCAUAUUCAAAAUGUUUUAAAUGGAGACUUAUCUCAGUUACAUGAUGACAGAAAUAUUUCUAAUGAAAAGAUUUCUUCGGCAUCCCGUGAGCCUAGAGGGAUGUGGCCCUCUGAUAAUAUUCAUAAAGACCCCACUAGUCAGCUAGAUGAAUUUGGCUUAUCCCAAUCUCAUCCCACAGGUUUUGAGAUGGUCCCCUCCAGUAUGUUUGAUGGUGACCUUUCUCAAUUACCUGUGAACAUGAAGGUACAACAGAGCAACGGUUCUAAUUCUGAAAUCAAUAAACAAGCAUGCAGUGACAGUGAGGAACAGAAGACAUGGUCCUCAGGAAAGUCCGCAGCCUUUUCACUCACCUCUGCUGUUUGUGAUUCUUGCGUAACCUGUGGCUGCUACUCUGUUGGCAUUGUAAAUAUUUCCAAUAAGAUGGAUAUGGAACAUCCUUUGCGUGAUGGAUAUGAUUAUGAUGAUUCUAGUGAUGACUGUGCUGCUCUGAAAGUGAGUGGGGAUGGAAAAGAUCAUGAUGUUGAGUUUGAAGAUGGAGAAGUCAGGGAAUCAAUCAUUCAUACUGGGGAAUAUUAUGAUGGUGAGGAUCUAGAAGCUGAUAAUUUGGGGUUUGAUGCAGAACAGCUGAUGGAGAACACACUAGAUAGGGCUAGUAAGGAAGUAGCAUUGAGGAGCGAAAGCAGUGUGUUAGAGAUGAGUGAAAAUGCUGAUAACAAACUGGAAGCAGCUGGCGAGAAGGGAAUCGUAGAUAGUGUAACUGGUAGAGCCAAUGCGGAGUCAGAAAGUCAACUAGCUGAUUCUAAAACAAAUAUUUCUGAAAAAGAUCAGUUGGAUUUUAAAAUUUUAGAUGCUCUUACUGGAAUAAGCGAUGGUAUCAGUAAAAGGACUGGUGCUGACAUGUAUAAAUCAGAUGCCGAAGAUACGGAAGCAAGGAGAGCAUCAAGGAUAGAGUUGCAGUCGCAUGUAGAAGAAAAUGGACUCCCCCACCAGCGAAGCAGCUUUUGUAGGAAAACUGGAUAUGUUGACUCCUUUAGUAGGGGCAGAUAUACUCAUCAUGCUUAUCCUAGAAGGAGAGAAGCAGAUCGUUGGGUUGAUUACAGCAAUAGGGGCUUUAAACACCAUCAUUCAACUCAAUAUCCUGGCUCAAGGUCUUUUCAUCGGAUUGGGACAGAAAAUGGUUUCUUUGACAGGGAAUCAUUGAGGACUUCUUCACCUGCUGUUCGUCAGCAUUUCACAAGAAUUGGAUCACCAGAUGAUCGGGAUCAGACUUUUAGUAUGCAUAGGGGUAGACAUAUCACCUUUGGUAGGGGCAGGUCUGGGAAAUAUAUUCCGCGGGAUGAUUGGAGAGGCCCCAGGAGAAGAUACCUUAGUUCCACACCCAACGGCUUUGUGGAACCUCCUUUGACUAAUUCUUAUUCUUCAUCAAGGCGGGACAGAAGCAUUUCUCCAGCUGAAGCAAGGGGGAUUCAUCAUGUACAUCGAGCCUGCACUAAAUCUCCAUUAAGAUCCAGAACCCGCUCUCCAGAUCAUGCUAAUUCAAGUUCUAGACACCGAAGUAGAUCUCCAACUUUCAGAUCGGAAGUCGGAAUGCAGAGGCUGAGAUCACCUAGUCAACGGUCUGGUUUUGUGCGUGACCAUGUGGUAGGAUUUAGGUCAAUGUUGAGAAACAAUGGUUCCCCUCCACGCAAUUCCAAAUGGUUUGGUGAUAGGAAUAAUGAAGCAAUUCAUUUCAGAGAGAGACGUUAUAAUCAGCAUGCUUCAUUUCUAGAGAGAUCACCUCGGAGAUCUGAAAGUUCUAGAGAUGGCAGGUUUGGCAAAGGGGAUUUCCCCAAAAAUUACAGAUCUAUGCAUAUGGGAAAGUUUUCGGAUAUCAGGGGCAAUAAUGGUGAUAGAUAUGGGCUGGUUCAUACUGUGAAUCAUUUCGAUACGGAUGAAUCCAGGAAGAGAUUUUUUUAUGGUGUUGAAGAGGGGGUGGUGAAAGCGCAAAAUUUUCUAUACAGGGAUGCUUCAGACCGUCGUGGGAGAGUGAAUCCUAAGGAUUCUGGAUGGGGCAUGGAAUAUCAGAUUGGUGAUGUACCUAAAAAACUUAGAGGGGCUAAAGACUUUGUCACAUAUCAAGAAGAUGAAAAAAAUGAGAAGUCAACUGGAAAACGGGAAGUUGAUGGCCAACUUACUGAGGAUAAAGAGCCAGUCACAUAUCAACAAGAUGAAAAGAAUGAUGCUGAAUUGGAGUCAUGUGGAAAACAGGAAGGUGACAGCGAACUUAGAGGGGAUAAAGAGCCAGUAACAUAUCAUCAAGAUGAAAAAAAUGAUGCUGAAAUGAAGUCAUCAGGGAAACGGGAGAGUGAUGGUGCUAUAGCUCUUGAUAAUCCCUAGUUGCUGAUUACCAAAUACCCCCUUAUAGGUGGGGUACAUUUGCUGGUAGAUUCAGAAAACAUUAGAGCAAUUAUACUUUUGUCCUUAUCUUUAUUUUCAUCAAUAAUGCGUAAAAAUCCUGGGGGAUCGGCUCUGGCAUUUACUGUUAUUAUUUACCUUUUUUUGAAUCUUCAAGAUGGCUUAGGGUUUUCUUCUUUUGGCCUUUCCUUUUAAAUAUCUUUCCUAAUAAUUUGUUAAGCAAUCUCUUUGAUGGGCUGAUGAAAUAUCAUCGAAUCAAUGAGAAAUCUUCUUUCUUUUUUUUUCAUGGAUUUGUUAGAAAGUAAUCUGAUGGUUCAUUGUAACCAUCAACAUUAUUGCCUUGGUUGGCCUAUGGAGGAUCAGUUAAUGCAUUAAACAAGGUUUUUUUAA